GAGCCAGUUUGGCGAACACAUGGCCAAUGGCAGCAUCGCCAAAUUUUGGAAUCUCGGCGGGAUUGGGGGGAAAUCUUUAAUAGUUUCGGCGUGUCGGAAGCGAGUGAGGGUAGCCGCCAGCUCAAACCCUAAAAAAAGCGAUCAAAUAGAGCUAGAAAUCUGGGAUCGUCUCCCACUGCGGAGGAAUCGUCUAUAAAGCUCCUUCACUCCCACAUUUUGGAAAUCUUGACUUGUUUCACUCGGUCAAUCCUCGCUCUUCGUUCGUUUCUUUCAUCAAGUUGAGAUUUUGAGGAUCAUUGUACUUAGCACAUGCCAUCAAGAAUUCCACAUAGCACAUGCCGGAAAGCGACAAAGCCAAGUCACUACCUAAUGCAUUAAGAAGAAUGCAUCGGGUUAUGAAUUGUACAAUCUGUUGAUCUUGAGUAAUUUUUAUGGUGCUAGAAUGGUGGAAAAUUGUGUUGGUCCGAGUGAACUUCACUUGAAGAAGGAGCUUACUGCUCUUCGAAAGGCACGAUUCUUACGUGACCCUGAGACAUGUUCAUCUUGGAGGUCACAUGUGAGUUCUAGAUCAUUUAUUGCUACUUCCAGUCUAAAUUAUGGAAAUGGAACAAUAGGGAGCAUAGCUGCAGAAAACAACAAUGAUGUCUCUGAAAAAAGUAGCAAGGUGUAUCUUUGUAAUUGGAGGCAUUAUUCUACUAAAUCUAAUGAAUUUGGAGAUUUAGAUGAUGAAGGCAAACAACUGUCAGUUAUGGAAACUUCAGAAGACAACAUAAGUAAUCAUCAUUGUGUGGAUUCUAUGAGUGACACAUAUCCUGAAUUUCCUUUGAGCAUGUAUAAACUUUCCAGAACAAAUUCAGAGGCUCCAUGUGGCAGAACUGAUAGAAACUCAAGAAGUUCUAUUUUGAAAAAAGUUGUGAUUAAGCAUUCAGCCGUCUCGACACUGCUGGACACGGGAUCCAGUUCUUUAGGUAUUCUUAACUCAGGUGAGCAAUCUGAUGAUACGGAGAACUGUAUCUCUGAAGAUCUACGUCAAUUGAAGCACGAGCUGUCUAAAAAAAAGUGUUACCGUUCUUGCUCUGCAUCACCUUUAAUCAGUGAAUCUGGAUAUGGCAAUUUGUCAUGUUCCUCAAAAAUAUUUAGAACAACCGUAAGAGAAGGGUCAUCUCAAUCAUGUACUCCCACAUCAACAAACUCUUACUACAAAUAUGGUGCUCAGAACCCCAGCAUCAUUGAUUCUUGUGAUGGAACUGCAGCUUCUUUUGAUGGGGAUGAACUGGAUCAGCCAGACUUCCCGAAAGGUCAAGGAUGUGGCAUGACUUGCUACUGGUCAAAGGGAACUAAAUAUAGAGGAACUGGAGGUCUUUAUUCUCCUUCACUGUCAGAUACUCUAAAAAGAAAAGGCAGUAGCAUUCUAUGUGGAAGCCAGUCAUUGCGUAAUAAGAAAAGAUCGUCUGGUUCCCAAAAGCAGAAGUACAUCUCAACAUGUUCUCAAGGUUUGCCUUUGUUGGCUAAUAGUUGUGAUGAAGGUAGUUCCUCCUUAGAUACUGCUAGUGAUGAGCUUUCAACUAAACUUGGGGAGCUUGAUUUGGAGGCAGUAAGCCGGUUAGAUGGAAGGAGGUGGUCUAGCUGUAAAAGCCAUGAUGGACUAGAGCUAGCUGCACCUGGAGAUUCUGACUUGGAGAUAGUGGAUAAGAGAAGCUUAAGCCAUAAAUACCAGCCUAGGUCCUUUGAUGAAGUAAUAGGCCAGAAUAUUGUUGUUCAGUCGCUCAGUAAUGCAAUUUUAAGGGGAAGAGUAGCUCCAGCCUACCUGUUUCAGGGUCCUCGUGGCACAGGAAAAACAUCAAUUGCAAGAAUAUUUUCAGCAGCCUUGAAUUGUUUGUCUAAAGAAGAUAAGAAGCCAUGUUGGUUAUGUAGGGAAUGCACUGCUUUUUCCUGCAGGAACAGAACAAACAUGAACGAAGUGAAUGCCACAAAUAACAAGGGUUUGGAUAAAUUUAGAUAUUUGUUGAAGAAUCUCUCGUUAUCUAAAGCAACUUCACAAUAUAAGGUUUUUGUUAUUGACGAAUGCCAUAUGUUGUCUCCAAAAAUUUGGUCAUCAUUCAUGAAGUUUCUUGAAGAACCAAUGCCUCGUGUUGUCUUCAUAUUUAUAACAAUUGACCCUGAGAACUUGCCUCAUUCCAUUAUAUCACGUUGUCAAAAAUAUGUCUUUUCAAAGGUCAAGGAUAUCGAUAUAAUCUGCCGACUGAGAAAACUCUCUGAACAAGAGAAUCUCGAUGUUGAACUAGACGCUCUAGAUUUAAUUGCUUUGAAUUCAGAUGGUUCACCAAGAGAUGCGGAAACAACACUUGACCAAUUGAGUUUGCUGGGCAAAAGAAUCACUACUUCUCUUGUAAAUGAUCUGGUUGGUGUUGUUUCAGAUGAUAAGUUGCUUGAUCUACUGGAGAUAGCCAUGUCAUCAGACAAUGCCGAAACUGUUAAAAAAUCUCGAGAGCUGAUGGAUUCUGGUGUUGAUCCAAUUGCCUUGAUGUCCCAAUUAGCCAGUCUUAUAAUGGACAUAAUUGCUGGUACUUAUGAGUUAACCAACUUGCAAAGUCAUGACAUACCCCUUGGGAAGAGAAGUCUGACUGAAGCUGAGUUGGAAAGACUAAGACAGGCUCUCAAGAUUCUUUCUGAUGCUGAAAAACAGCUAAGACAUUCAAGUGAGCGCUCAACAUGGUUCACAGCAGCUCUACUACAGCUUGGUGCUGGUCAUAAUUUAGAAAGUACUCAGUCAAGCAACAACACUAAAAGGAGCACUAGAGGAACUGAUGAUGUGGUGUCUGACAUGGUUUGUGACUCCAGAAUCUGCAAGAACAGGACAUCUCUUGAUGGUACCUUGACUGAGUCUGGCCCGACAGGUGAUGCGACUGAUAUGAAGGUAUAUAAAUAUGUAAGCCUAGAUAAACUGGAUGAAAUCUGGAGAAGGUGCAUUGAUGGAUGCCAUUCAAGGACAUUGAGGCAAUUGUUAUAUGACCAUGCAAGGGUAGCAUCAAUCACUGAAAAUGAAGGAACUUUGGUUGCUCUGAUAGCAUUUGAGGAUGACAAGAUCAAGACCAGAGCUGAGAGAUUUUUGAGCAGCAUCACAAACUCAUUUGAGAUCGUCUUCAGACGAAAUGUGGAGGUCAGGAUGAUUCUUGCAACUGAAAAUUCUGAUGAACGGAAUGCUCUUUCAAGAUCUCCUGCAGGGAAUUCUGUAGAAAAAGAUAAUCAGAAUAUGAUAGAAUUAGAUACUACAAAUGGCCUUUCUGGUAAAGAUAGAUGCAAAGGGACCUCUUACUUGCCUGGAAAAAGUAUAGGUCACUCCGACAGCUCUGUAACAGCAGAAGACUGCCUAGCAGACAGGAUUCCCAGCAUUUCAGCUGAAGGAAAAAAUGACUCAUGUCUUAGUGAAGAUCAAGGGCAACUGGAUUCAACACAAAGCUUUCCAAGAACAGCUGCAGAUGAGCAAAAGUUAGAGAGCGCAUGGCUUCAAGCUGCAGAGAAAUAUACACCUGAAAUUAUUAGUCAUUCGAGGCCAGAGAAGAACCAAGUUCUGCCACAAAAUGGUGUCAUCUAUCAGAACAAUAAUCAGUCAUUCCUUGGACCUGCUGCAACAUCAAAGAAUAAGGUAGAUGAAUUAAAGCAUGAAAUCCAAGCUUUGAAAGUCAGCUAUGCUGAGGGCGGCCACAAGGGACAAAUAGGUGGUGCCGGUCAGUGUGUUGUUUCUCCAAGUUUAUUGCACAGCAACACCACCAACGCCGACAAGAACUCGGGUUAUGAAUCAUGGCCUGUAUGCAAUGGUCUCCUCUGUUGGAAGACCCACAAAAAAAUCGAGGGACAAAAGUCUCAGGUAAAACAAGGAGUUCGUGUUAGAUCGAAAAAGAUCAGCCAUAUCUUCCAUUGUUUGGACAGUGUGCGCAGCUGAAGUCCGCAGAAAGAAAAUCCAGGAAAUAAGCUUGUAAAACUUUUCGCCAUGUUAUCAAUUUUUUCUUGUAGAAAUGUCAGUUCUCUUUGGGUGGAAAUCCCAUAUCUUGACAAUGUAUUCUCCUUUGUCUAAUUGUACAUGAGCAGAAUUUUUCAUGUUUCCAAGUAUAAAAGUGGUAUGGGUCUUUCA